AUGUAUCGGUGCAUUUUAUUUGUGGUGUUAAUCUUAAGCACAUCACUUCAAUACACAUACGAAACUAAAGAUAUGAAAACUAAACUUCAAGCAAUUAUAACACCAUUUGAUAUGCAAUUUCAUGAAGAACUAAAUUUUGUAAAUGGAGUGCCUAUUCUUACCAAUCAUAUUAAACGGAAUAACAUUAAAACAAAAGGAAUCUACAUAACCAUAUGGUUAAAAAAAAAUACUCAAGUGGUCAACUCUGAAGUAAAGGAAAUGGUGUUCAACAAGGAGUCGAACAGCCAUUAUCCUGGUUGCUACGCUGACUUAAAACGAUCAAGUUGUAAUUUAACGACGGCGAGGGAAGUAAUCCCAACGCAAUACAGUGAAGGUUUUUGUUGUUCUUGUAAGAUGGCGGUCAAUAUCGAGCGACAGAUGCAUGACUGUCAAGGACGAAGCCGGUUUAAGCACGUUAUCCACGCAAAGAACGCGUUAAAUGAAGACAUCGAAAUGCUGAUCAGUCGAAUGGUAAACAAUCUUGAUUCGGAUGACGAAAUAAUUGCAGAAGUCGCAAACAAUACAGAAUCAUCACAUACUUAUAAGGAACAAAUACGUGGGGGCCAAAACUGUGACUCCACAAAUACGCCAGAAUAUGUCGACGAAGCGUAUCGAUAUCACGAAAGCAGUCAUUGUUUGGAAUUCAGUGAUUUAUGGUACAAAGUAAAUAAGUUGGAAUCUGCGUCAUACCAUCAUUCGGUUACAAUAAGUGUUUAUGAAAAGUAUACUAGGGAUGAUAGUAUACCGUUGUACAGGAAAAUCAUUUCCAAAGUUAAGUUAAGUAACAAUAACCAAACUUAUGAAAAUGACGAGACAAAUGUGGAAGCAAAAUAUGUAGCAUUAAUAUUUGGUGAUGAUCAAUACUAUAGUUUAGAUAUAAAUAGCGACAGAAUUUUGAUACCAGAAAAAAUAUCAUCUAUAGAUGAACUUCAUAAUCCACAAUCAAUAGACGAUCCAAAGAAAUAUUUGAUUGUAAAUGCAAAAAAUAUAAGUAUCAAAGGUGACGAAUGUAAUAAAGUUGGUGUAUCAUAUGAAGCGUUCUUCAAACAAUACAAUAGAUGUGGAGUGAAAAGAUCUAGCUGUUUGAAUAACCAACCAUCACAUUUGUGGAAACAUGAUAUGGAUGCAAUUGAGUCAGAAAUUCCAGGAAGAUAUUUUUUAGAAAAUUUUGUUAAAUUUCCACAAGAUGCAAAUAUAGUGCAAAAUAUUAACGGGACUGAAACGUUAAAUUUGCAUUAUGAAUUGGAUUAUACUAGUGAAUUAUUUAUCCAUAAGGAAACAAAUUAUAAUAGUAUACUUUCGACAAGAUCUCUUAUAGAAAUUGUAGAAAUAUAUUCAGAUGCAACUAAAAGUGAUCAAACUAAGAUAGUCGCAGCAAUCUAUAAUAUUGGAAUGAAGGCCGAAUUAUUCCAAGUGCAAUUAUUAGAAUUUCCAUUAAAUCCAAAAAAAAAUUUGCAAGUAUUGGACAAAUGGAAUAAAGUAAUGGCUUGGAGACACGUUCUUAUUAGCGAAGCCAACCGUUGUUUUUGUGUGUGGAACUGUGAAUGUGCUUGUACAACAAUUGAAGAUCAAUUAUUUGCAUCGAACUGUAAAACGAUGUCACAAAAAGCUUAUAAUGGUGCUGGCUUUCGAGGAGCUAAGCCCCAAAUGAUUGAGUUUACAUUCAGUUCGUUCGCGGUAAUACAAUCAACAAAAAUGAAUAAAGGGCAUACAUUUACCAAAAAAAUUAAUUUGCUUUGGUUAAAAAGAUGUUAUCAUUGUAAAAAGAUAAAAUUUUUUAAAAAAAUGUACAACUGUUCAUGUGAGUUUAUAUUAUGCCAUAAAAAAUGCCAUGAGAGGUUUAUACAAUUGGAAAAGUCAACUGAAAUUACAACCAUUCAAAGUGAAACUAUAGAAGACAAAAGAGACGAUUUAAAAACUAAAGAAAAUGAGCAAAAUCUGAUUAACCAAGAUAUACACGAAAUGGAAUCUGGUGAAAACUUUUUGGACAAGACAAAUAAUAUAUUAACUUCAGCUGUUAAUGGAAAAGAUCUGCAGGCUACUGGUCAAACAAAUAAGUAA